AUGUCACUCUCAUUCCUGCUUGUUGCUGGUGCUGUUGCUGGUGCUGUUGCUGGUGCUGUUGCUGGUGCUGUUGCUGGUGCUGUUGCCGGUGCUGUUGCUGGUGCUGUUGCCGGUGCUGUUGCUGGUGCUGUUGCCGGUGCUGUUGCUGCAUCGUCGCGCGCUACCAGCACGCAGCUCGAUGCUAGCAACCCCGGGUCAUCCAGAAGCGCGUCGUGGCCUAGCGUGGGGAAUAGAAUGCGCCGCGAAGCGUUGAUGAAUUCAGAGGCUGAGGGCAGCGUCGCGGGUGUUACGGCUUCGAUGCGCCAUUGGGUGCGUGGGGAAUCGACUGCGGCUGCUGCAGGGGUCCGGAGGGAUGGUGUGUCGUGCAUGAGAAGGGAAGGUUGGACCGAGUGUGUGCGAGGUGCGCUAGCCGGAUAA